GGUCCUUCUUCUUUUCGCGCCGCUCGCUUCUUCUUCUUCUUCUUCUUCCAGAUAAAAAUCGUUACCUCUGUUUUCUCCGAUCUACAUUCACAGCUCAUAGAAAAUGGGCUCACGGCAGGGACCACCGAAGCAUCAGAACAAAUUCGCCUGGGUUCCUAAAGCCGGCGUCAAGAUCAACGAAACGGAAGUCGGCGGGAGAUUUAGACCAUUAUCAGAGAUUACCGGAGUUUGUUAUCGAUGUCGAGAGCAGAUCGCUUGGAAACGCAAAUACGGCAAAUACAAAACCCUAACUGAAGCCACCAAAUGUCAGAAGUGUACUAAGCGAAAUGUUCGUCAAGCAUACCAUAAGUUAUGCCCUGGUUGUGCCAAGGAGCAGAAGGUGUGUGCAAAGUGUUGUUCACGUGUUGAUCAAAUCCUUGGAAGAGAUAUUUACGAGGUUGAAGCUGAGCAGAAGAUGCUUGAUGAGACUAUCAAGAAUGCUAGGGAAAGGGAUCGAAGGACGCUAUUACGCGCUAUGAACAAAGAUAACAAACCGAACAAAUCAGAUGAAGAAGCGACAAGGAGUGAUAGCAGCAAGGUUGGUGAUGUGUUUCCCUCAACUUCCCUUGAAGAAUAUGCAAACAAGUCAGGAAGAGUUAGCGGGAUUAUUGGUCAUGGUAGUGUACCUGAUCAUGGCCAUGAUGAUGAUGAUGCUAGUGGACCUGAAUCAGAUGAGGAUCACAAUGGUGGUGAUGAUGAGCAUGAUUUGCGCGAAGACAGUGAUGCAAAUGAGCCAUCUCAACUGUAGAAGUUAACCCAUGUUUGGUUGUACUACUGUCAAUUUUGAUAGGAUUGUGUGUGACUUGUGAGAUUUUGCAAAACUGAUUAUUCCUGUUGUUUUGAUAAACUUUACUUUGUCACCUACAAUGCAAGACUAGCAAAGGCUAUGGUUGUAUCUUAUCUUGUAUGGGAUGGGGUUAAACGGGCCCAAUAGUCGUUCUUUA